CGCCUAAUACCACGGACCCCUCCAAGCCGGCCCCACUCACACUUCUCGCACACCAUGGCGGCCCAGCCCAACACCCGCCGCUUCCGGGCCCGCCCCGGAGCUGACGCGAUCCCGUUGCCGGGCGGCCGGCGCCCCGGGUGGCUGGAGGCAGGGCGCGAUGAAGGAGGUAGAGCUGAGGAGGCUGCUGGCUGCCAACCUGCUCUGCGUGGUCUCCGUCGUGCUGACGGCAGUCGUGCCGGCUUUAUUCCUGGAUGGGUUCUCUGUGUUGGGCACGCACCUCACGUGGCUGUGUGUUUGUUCUGUUUGUGUUAGCGUCCUUAACAUUACCUUGUGUUUAAUCCUAAAGCCAAGUCUUUCUUCUAAGAGAAGCUCCCUGUCUAACAAGAUAUCCAGAUUUCUAAAAUGCUGUCUAUACUUUUUCAUGUCUUGCAUACUAUUUCAUGCGAUUAUUGUUCUUUAUGGAGCACCUCUCAUAGAGUCAGUGACUGAGACGUUUUUGUUUGCAGUUCUCCUGUCUACCUUUACUACUUUACAAUGUUUAUGUUUGCUGGGACCAAACGUACAAGCUUGGAUACGGGUAUUUAGUAGAAAUGGAGCUAUGUCCAUCUGGGAAAACAGCCUACAGAUUACUACAAUGUGCAGUAUACUAGGAGGUUGGUUUGGAGCAUUUCCUAUUCCUCUUGAUUGGGAUCGGCCCUGGCAGGUAUGGCCCAUUUCAUGUUCCCUCGGAGCUACCUUUGGCUAUAUGGCUGGUCUGAUUAUUGCACCUCUGUGGAUACACUGGAACCGGAAGCAGCAUACAUACAAAAGCAGAUAACUGGCGCAAAGAGAGACAAGGUAUCUCCAUACCCUUGUAAACAAAAAGAUAAGCCUAUUUUAUAUUCUGAGAAUGUAUGAAGUGGAUAGAGGGGAACAAAAUAAAGCUCACACCACGCUGGAAGAAAAACUGGAACUUGACAACUCUAGGUUUGUGCUCUCUACGUUGGCAACCAUCUGUUGCUUUCACAGCUUACAACAGCAAUCAUAAGAGGAGGUUCUCACUCCCAACCAUCUGUUUUUAGAUGAGAAGCCAAAAAUAGAUCUCAGGCAGAGUUGCUAGAGGAAUCCAGCUUUCAUGUAGUGCAGGGUAAUGACAACUGCUGCUCGCAGGCUCUCAGUGAGGCACACACAGAUCACUAGAGGUGGUAGUUAACCCCAGCUGUACGUCCAAGUUGUAACCUGUUAUGUAGAAGGACAGUUGAAAGUUUUCUCUCCGUAGGAAUCACCAUACUUCAAUUUUACUAUUUUUGGAGUGCAUUUUGUUGCUAUCCUUCAAUAUUGCAUCGUUCAUAGUUUUCCUCCCUGAAAUUCCCAUUUCAGAAAGCUCCCUGCAAUAUUUUGAAAAAUGUAACAAAAACCAUAAUAACUGCUGUAACUAGUACACACCCCAGGGACUUGUAGUUACAGCAGUGGGCAAGUCCUGCUGUCUCCCCCCGACUCUUCUGAGUUAAAAGCUGAUCUGCAACUUUGCCACACGCACCAGGCAGAGCCUCAGCAAAAAACAGCCUCCCCAGAAGCACGCCAGGAAGCAGAUUUGUGUCGAGAGGCUGAAUCACGCUGUGGUUUCUGAUUCUGCUAGAAGCCUCGGUGGGGGAGGAGAGAGGGAAGCGGCCUGUACUGCCGGAUACAAAGCACUUCCCUGGCUUAAAAAACACUGAGCUGUUUCAGUGUGGGCUGCAUGUACUCUGUAACGCUUUGCAGGGGCACAGGGUGAAGUGUCCCCGGCACGGUGCCCCUGACGCAGCAUCACCGCAAAGCAACUGCCUGCCCAGCUCUGCAAUCAAAGCCUGUCACGUGCAUCGCCGCGUUCGAUUUCUCUGAUGCCUACAUCUGUAGCCCCAGGCUUCUGAACAUGCACAGCGAAGUCUGCUGAUUGUUCCCUGGCUGCAGGGAACAAGUACACGACAGCCCCUCUGUCUCUUCGCUGGCUGCUGGGGUUGCAGCGAGCAUUGCCAAAGAAGAGCUGUCCUGCUGUGGCUUCUAACGCAGGUUUCCCAGGGAAUGCAGAAAGCGGCUGAUUUGGGUCCAGCGUCUAUUUUUUAUUUAUAGAAAAGGCUGCAAGAAUACAGGCUAAGUGCUCUCCCAUUGUAUUCUAAAAAUGAAGUAAGCUAAUCCAAAUCCAUCUCUGAAUUCCUGUGAGGAGGACUGUUCAAAGGAGGUAUGAAUUAUACAUUGAAAAAGACCAGGGUUUGUGAAUUAUGAUUUUUCUUCUGACAGAACUUCCCUUCUGGUACAUCUGAGAACUAUGCUGCUUACAUGUCUGAAAAACUUUUCUGUAUAUAGAGCAAUAACCAGCUGAAAGAUGGAGCCUAUUAACAUAGAUUUUAGAGCAUUGAGACAAGAAGGACGGAAUAUGCCCUUUAUUAUACAUAAAAUUGCUUUUAAAGCGAUCAAAAUUGAUCCCAGUCUUAAUGUGGGAUUAAAUACUGUCCAAAUCCUACAUCUUGGCAUGAGAUGAUGCUCACUAUUUCCCUAGACAGUCUCAGCAGAGCACUUCUUUCCAUUACCACAGUAACUUCAACUUCCCGAUUUCUCUCUGGUUUUCUAAAAGAAGUUGUCCCCGGAUUUUCUCUCUAAGACCUAUUAUUUAGCAUCUCUCACAAUGGAACACGGAUUCCGCUGACUGCAUGCACAUUUUCACUUGAACACACCUUUACCAGUUGCUCAUCCCUUACGGAGCUCCAAGGAAGCAGCACAGUGACUGCCUGGAAAGCCCUUUCACUCAUUAUCCAUGGGAAAUCACCAGGCUGUGAUGAGCUGCUGUGCUGGCUUCCUCCUCACAUUCAGUGGCCUUACAAAUAGCACUCUUCCCACCCCAGAUUUUCACUUUUUCCACGAAAGGAAGUCAUCGCAUUUUGGUGACUGCAGCCAUUAACAAUUCACCGCAAUUCACUCCAACACUACAUCCCAACUGCAAAUCAGACCAACCAGGGCAAUGAAGCCAAGAGUCCUACAGAUAAUCUUUUAGCAUUCACGGUUACAUGUCACUUAGAGUGCAAGCCGCUUGAGGCACAUUCAAUCUGUGUUUUAUUCACCUAAUGCAAUCAGCUCACCUAGGAUGCUGACAGAUGUCCCUUUGCUCUGAAGAAUCAUUUUGCCACCUGCAUCUUGAUACACACACCAGCAAGUGCCGACCAUCACCAAGAACUACUGCACACGUGCCACCAAAUGGAUGCAGCAGCAAUUAAAAAGGAUGAGGACGGCAGCACCUAAUGCUUGGAGGUUAAAAAAGGAACUGAAGCUCUGUCCCAAAGCACCCAUUUUAGUAGUACUGUUCUUUAUAAUUCACAGUAAAACCACAGGAUUUGGAAUCACUGUGUUUUAUAUUAUCUCUUGAAGCCUAGGCUCCCGGAGUCUGCUGAUUACAUAAAGAAAAAUCUCAUCCUUUUCACCUUUAAAUGAAACGUAAAUUCCUAGUCCCCCACAGAUACAAAGAAAACUUGAACUCACAAAACCCAAAGGCUUCAAGAAAAACCACUUCCAGCAAAGGGCAAAAGAAGCCUCAAGCCAUUUUCAUUUCCUAUGUUUUCAGGUGCUCCAUACCACCGUGUGAGGAUAAGAUUGGCUGACUCAGCAUUUUGACUGCAACUACAUUUUAUGUCCCUUUAGUCCACUUGUUCUCAAUAAAGGAAGUGGAACAAA